GCCAAGCCUGAUGCAUUCACCGCUUAGACCGCCCUCGACUGCGUGCAGGCUGAAAAUCUGGCUGCUCUGGUCUUCACUCGGUUGUCGUGAAAUUGGAAUAUAUAGGCGUCGAGUUUCACGGUUGGGAUCAUGGAGCCUACCACCGCUCCAACUCACCCCCCAAGGGAUGAUCCGAUCACGCGAAAAGAACUGGCGCAGUACGACGGGUCGGACCCCAGCAAGCCGGUGUAUGUCGCCAUCAAGGGCCAAGUUUUUGACGUCAGCCCCAAGCGUGAGAUGUACGCGCCUGGCAAAGGAUACCAUAUCUUUGCUGGCAAGGAUGGAAGUGCGGGGUUGGGAAAGAGCUCGCUCAAGGCGGAGGACGCUAUCUCGGAUUACUCAGGGCUGACAGAGUCAGAACGUAAGGUGCUCAAUGACUGGGUUGCAUAUUACACAAAACGGUACAACAUUGUCGGCAAAGUUGUCGACUGACUAGCCGAGUUUGAAGAUAAGAACAAGCCGGGAAGCCUGUAGCCCCGCUUACGGCAAGCCAGCCAG